AUGGCGUCAACGGGUAGUACACCAUUUCCUAAGUGGCAACUUGCCAUUCUAUUGGGUGCUCCUUUAGCUAUUGGGUUAGGUUACCUUUAUCUAAGGAAUAGAUUAGAAGAUCCUGACAAGAAAAAAGAAGCCGAGUUAAAGGCAAAAGCAACAAUUUCAUUAGAUAACGAAGAUAAUGCGAAGGCAUCUGAAAGCGCCAUUGACCGUGCUAUGAAGUUAAAGGGUGCCGGAAACCGAGCUUUCCACGCAUGUGAAUAUGAUAAGGCGAUUGCUCUGUACAACGAAGCUAUUGAGACAUGUCCGCCAGAUCGUCCCGUUGAUCUCGCUACCUUUUAUCAAAACCGCUCGGCCUGCUACGAGAAACGUGAGAUGUGGGAGCAAGUAAAAGAAGAUUGCACAUUUGCUCUUAAACUUAAUGAAAAAUAUGUAAAAGCCUUCCUUCGGCGGUCCAGAGCCGCAGAAAAGAGUGGGGACCUAGUUCUUGCUCUGGAAGAUGUUACUUCUGCUUGUAUCCUUGAAAGAUUCCAAGUACAGAGCUCACUGGUUAAUGCUGAUAGAAUUCUUAAAGCUCUCGGAAGACAACACGCACGAGAAGCAUUAGCCAAGAGACGUCCUGUUAUGCCAUCGAAACACUUUAUUAAAACAUACUUCUCUGCAUUUUCUGAAGAUCCCAUUGUUAAAGUAGAAGUAGAGGAAAAUGCAACAAAUGGUUUUGCUAAAGCUAAACGUGCUCUAGAUUCAUUAGACUAUGAAUCUGUGGUAGAUGCUUGCACUGAAGAGUUAGACUCCAAUGGCAAGUAUAAGUUUGAAGCUUUACUUUUACGGGCAACAUUCUAUUUGCUGUUGGGUAGACAUGAUGAAGCCCUGACUGACCUGGCUGCGGUAAUUGAUAGUGAUGCUCCAGUUAAAGUAAGGGUCAAUGCUCUCAUCAAACGCGCUUCACUUUUCACUCAACUGGAAAACACAGAUCGUUGUUUAGAAGACUUUGCCACUGCAGCUAAGUUGGAUCCCAACAAUUCCGAUAUAUAUCACCACCGUGGUCAAGUUUACCUUCUUCUGGAACGGAUGGACGAAGCGACCGCCGAGUUUGCAAAAGCAGUUGAACUGAAUCCUGACUUUUCGAUUGCUUACAUACAGAAAUGCUAUGCUGAUUAUAGACAUGCACAAUUGCAUAAAAAUGUCACCGCCCUGACCCAAGUACGAGCUGACUUUGAGCGUGCUCUCGAGAGGUUCCCACGGUGUGCCGAGGUAUACAUUCUAUAUGCCCAAGUCCUCUCCGAUCAACAAGAGUGGGGUCAUGCGGAGGCUCUGUUCGAGUCUGCAUUAGCAGUGGAUCCUACCAAUGCAACAUUAUAUGUACAUAAAGGAUUGGUUCAGUUACAGAAAAGCACAGACUUUGAUAAAGCUGUUAAAUUAAUUAAUAAAGCGAUCGAAAUUGACGAUAAAUGUGACUUUGCAUACGAAACUCUCGGAACUAUUGAAGUUCAAAGGGGCAACUUAGGGAGGUCGCUGGAACUAUUUGAGAAGGCCAUAGCAUUAGCUAAGACGGAACAGGAGAUGACACAUUUGUUUUCACUGAAAGACGCUGCGGCUGCACAAUUAAAAGUUUCAGAGCGCUGGGGACUCGACUGGACAGUUAGUUAA